ACUGGCGUUGGCAAGUCUUCACUGAUCAACCACGCAUAUGGAGUACAAAACGCGACCGCUUCGCACGAUAAGCCAGGCGAGGUCAGUAUCGACCACGAGUUCAUCUCAUCGCAGAAUAACAAGUUUGUUCUCCACGACAGCAAAGGUUUUGAACCAGGGGAAAAAGACAACCUCAAAAUAGUCCGAGAUUUCAUCGACAGUCGAAGAAAAAUGCCUUAUUCGAAAGAUCAGUUGCAUGCUGUUUGGCUUUGCUUUGAAAUACCCCGCGCAGGCGGGCGCUUACUAGAGACCGGCAUGGAGCAAUUUCUCACAUCGAAGCAUGAAGGAGAGCUGGGAAACAGUACGUUAAUGAAUUGCUACCGCUCCGCACAGGUCACAGCUAACGCAGGUCAAAGUUCCCAUUGUUGCCGUCUUCACUAG